AUGAACCCCAUCGAGCACAAGGUGGAUAACCUGUAUAUGCGCAAGACCGCUAUCGUUGCGACGAUUGGGCCAAAGACAAACAACGUUAAGAUGUUGCACAAGCUGCGCAACACGGGUAUGAACAUUGUGCGCUUGAAUGCUAGUCACGGUGAUCACUCGUACUUCCAGAGUGUGAUUGACAAUGCCCACCAAGUCGAGCGCGAAGCACCGGGCCGUCCGCUGGCAAUCGCGCUUGAUACCAAAGGCCCGGAGAUGCGUACGGGUGUUAUGGUUGGCAAUGAGGACCAGUCGAUCGAGGAGGGCCACGAGUUCAUCGUGACGACCAACAAGGAGUACGCGGAAAAGUGCAGCGCAGACCAUCUCUACAUUGACUACGAGCAUCUGCCCGAGAAGGUGCAGCCGGACCGCAUUAUUUACAUUGACGACGGUAUCCUUGCGCUGCGCGUCCUCUCGAUUGACGGCCGGGACGUGCGUGUGGUGGCCGAGAACAGCGGUGUGCUCUCAUCGCGCAAGGGUGUCAACCUCCCGCUGACCGAAGUCGACCUGCCCGCCGUCUCGGAAAAGGACCGCCGCGACCUGGAGUUUGCACGCGACCAGAACCUGGACAUGAUCUUUGCCUCGUUCAUCCGCUCUAAGGACGACGUGCAGAGCGUGCGCGAGAUCCUGGGCGAAAAGGGCUCGCACAUCCGUGUGAUUGCCAAGAUCGAGAACCACCAGGGUCUCGCCAACUUUGACGAGAUUCUCGACGCGGCCGACGGUAUCAUGGUCGCGCGUGGUGAUCUGGGUAUUGAGAUUCCUGCGCCGCAGGUCUUUAUGGCGCAAAAGAUGAUGAUUUCGCGCUGCAACAUUGUGGGCAAGCCCGUAAUUUGUGCGACGCAGAUGCUCGAGAGCAUGACGGUCAACAACCGCCCCACGCGUGCCGAGGUCUCGGACGUGGCCAACGCGGUGGUCGACGGCGCGGACUGUGUCAUGCUUUCUGGCGAGACGGCCAAGGGCAAGUACCCCGUCGAGGCCAUCAAGAUGAUGGCCGAGACGACCUACAUUGCGGAGCAGAGCCUUUCGUACCAGGCACUCUUUAACGAGAUGCGUGGCCUGACGCGUGUGCCGACCAGCACUUCGGAAACCAUCGCCCUGGUCGCUGUCUCUGCCUCGCUGGAGCAGCGUGCGGGUGCGAUUCUGCUCAUGUCGACCUCUGGCCAGACCGCACGCCUCGUGAGCAAGUACCGGCCUCAAUGCCCGAUUCUGAUGGUGACGCGCAACGCCGACACGGUGCGCUCGUGCCACUUGUAUCGCGGCACCUACCCCUUCCAUUACCCCCUGCCCCACCCUGAUAGCAACUCCAAGUGGCAGGAGGACGUGGACAACCGCAUCAAGUUUGGUCUCUCGGAGGCGCUCAAGCUGCACAUUCUUCGCAAGGGCGACACCGUGAUCUGUAUCCAGGGCUGGCGCGGCGGCAAGGGCCACACCAACUCGCUGCGUGUGGUGACUGUUCCUACGUCCACCGAAGGUUACAUUCUCGAAGACACCUCGACGGCGAUCUAA